AUGGAGUCUCGCAUUUCAAUGGCAGAUUCGUCCAGCAAACGGCCCCGAUCUCCGUCAGUCGAUCAACCUCCGCAGUCCAAAAUGCCCAAAACACACUCGAACCAUCUACAUAUCAACUACCUAGCGCGCCAGUACCCCGAUAAUCUCCCUUUGGUCGCCGCCGAGGAUACCAUGCCGGCCAUUAUGCAUUUGAUCGGUGAAUAUGACGGCGUGCUACAGCGCCAUGAGAGUAUCGCGGGCAACCUGGGCGCAUGCCCGUUGGGGCCUAUUUUGAUCAAGCGCUUUGAGCGCUUAUUUGAUGGGCCUCCACGGGUUCUCAAGUCGCAUGGCAAGGAUGGAUCCGUGGUCACUUGGCUAGAUGUGGUCGAGUUCGCCAAGAGCAAGCCGGAGCAGUUCAACCUGGAGAAAUCGCGCAACGGGGUGCGGGUGUGCCAGUUCUAUACCAAACAGUGUCGCGUCGAAAUCAGCGAGGAAGACUUUGUACUGAUCGCUUCAGGUAUGCCGCAGAAGAUGAUCCCUCCGCAACCAAUCAUUGAAGAUGAGGAGAAGGAGCUAGGCGCAUUGGAGAUUCUAGAGAAAAAUCUUCAGCACAUUAUCCAGAUGGCUGAUCAGGUGUCUGCCCGAGCUCGCCAGCUGAGUUAUCGCCUGAAGCACCGCCGCACAGCGAUUGUGAGUCGUCGAGAGAAUGAUGUCUCGCUACAGUCGCGCACCACUGUUGAUGCCUGGCGCUCUACCAAUGGAAAUGGCCCGACAAAUGGCCAUCCACCUCAAGCACCGCCUUCUGGAUUCUUGGCAGUAAAUGCGACUCGACCCGAAGAGGCUACGGAAGACAAACCAUUGCCAGCACCAUUCAUGUUCUCACAUUCCAACACGGAUAACGUCACCAUAAUCAAUGGGACUUCUAUUAAAGGUGCCUCACCCGAUACCCGAGCUGACUUGAUGAAGAAGUUCUUUACUACAGCCGAUCGCCAGGCGCGCGGCUUCGAUGGCGCUUCAGACCCAUUCAUCCCACAGCCUCGGCCCCGGCCCCGUGGAUCUGAUCCGGCUGACUAUAGCAUUUAUAACACAGCAAAUUCAACCCCAGUAGCUAUACCUAGCACUCCAUCCUCACUACUCCCGCCCCCUAAGUCGACCCCACAGGAAAAGGAUGACGGAGGUCCGUUCAAGCUGGAGAUGGUAGCCCGCAUGGAGGAUUUACAGCGUGGUGAGCGUGUCGUCCCACCCUGUGAUCGGUGUCGCCGUCUCCACAUGGACUGUCUCAAAAACCUCACCGCGUGUUUGGGAUGUACCAAGAAACACGCCAAAUGCUCUUGGCGCGACGUCAAAGAAACUGAACUACACGCAGCUUUUGGAUCGUCGGUACCGCGCGAACGCAUGGAACGCACCGAAGAUGAUCGAGGCAUCGCGGUUCCAUCCCAAGGUUUUACACCUACCAAUCAUCCAUCUCCAAUUGAACCCCGUGUUGACGCACCAGGCGGUGCUGACCAGCAAUCGUCCUACUACCAUGGCCGACAUGAAUCCGCCCCUGGUAGUUCACACUUUGCUUCGAUCACCUCGAGUCUUCCAUUGGGGAUAUCACCCCACCAUUCUCCUCGUCGGGCCAUGAGCGAGACAGACGGCGGUCGAACGCAUGGGCACCCGGAACGGCAUACCGAGGAUGAAGAUCCGGGUGCUAAUCAGCGUCUGAUGCAAGCGAUUCUCGACACGGUGGAUCAUCAUGCACGUGUUGCAGCCGCCGUACAAGAGAAAGAUCGUGGUGCUGAACGAGGUUUCGAGCGUCCCGAGCGUGCCAAUGAUACCUCUCGUGAAUUUGAUCAUGAACGAGAUCAUGAGCGGGAACGAGAGCGAGAGCGAGAUCGGGCUGCAGACCAGGAUCUAGAUCGAGAGCAAGAUCACGAGCGACGGCUGGUUCCGGCUUAA